CGAUCGGGCACGGAGAGAUUAAUUAAAGAGGACAGCGAGCGCCGUGUGCUGGAGCCAUUAGCACCAAGAAUCGGCUGCCAGAUAUUGGAGACAAUUGCCAGCCGCACAGAGGAAGAGCAGUGAUAUUCUCGCGCCCAUUAGACUAAGAUGCGCCGCCGCGCCAAAACAGGCGGCGCAAGGGUGGAGGGCGGAGGGGAGUUCUGAAAAGCGGAGCACGGUCCUCUCGUUUCUACGCUCUUCGCAUACGGUGGUCGUCAAGUCCUUCGUUCUCUGAAUCACAUUGCGCUCUCUGCGCUCGCAGUCUGAUGAAGAGGAGACUUGACAUGGCCGCCGAGCCGAUCGCUACCACAUUCGUGAGCGCGAGGUCGCUGCAUGUCCCGUGUGACCCCGUGAACACCGACGGACGCCGCCGACCCGUCGAUCACAGCAGACCGGCGCCCGAGAACCGCUUCCACUGGGACCUUCAGGGCCGGCUCGAUCCUGCCAUCGAAGAUCCCGUGCGCAACAUGACGACAGGCACCUUCCGCGAUAUCCAUCUCCACCCGACUCUGCUUGGGCUGACCUUUCGCGUGCACCAGGAGACAAGCCGCGUCGAGGUGUACAGAAAGGGCAAUGUCGGUCGUCGUACUGAUCUGCGAAUCAUAGACAGUGCCAGGGAGCGUGAUGCUAAGGAUUUCGAGGCGGCUAACACUCAAAACAUAUCGUACCCACCCGUGCACCGAGUCGUCAUGGGCCGCGUAGGCCGGGACACGCCGCUGGACAGCCUAGACCUGACGACGGCCAAGUGUAAGCUGGCUCCUCCGUCGUCUAGCGAGGUAGACUUCAUCGAUCCGGAGGACAGGGACCUCGUUCCGACGGCAUCCAUCCGGCCAGUUCAGGUCGGAGAGCUCGUGAGGUCCCUCGUCGAGUUCACAUCGUACGAUCCCAAGGACUGGUCGGAUGGCGAGUACGACGACUUGUACUGGUCCUUUCUGUCUGGCGCAUCGACAAGGGACUACAUUGCGUUCAGAUUCAUGCCGAGGCCUACAUUGGAGCCUGACGGCACUCUCAGACUCUCCUGGGAAAAGACCAAAUGUCCAGCACUGGAGUUGACUGCUCAAUGGCGAUGUGUAACCAGCGCUGCUCUCAACUACAAGCAGAAGACAGAGUGA